AUGGACGGAACGACGUGUUUAAAGGCUCUGCUGCUCGCUAUGCAGCAGUACGAAGCCGGCAGGACCGCUCACUGUGCGGCGCAGCUCGUCAAACAAGUGGAGGAGGUAUCCGCCCUGAAAUGCGAGCUACUGCUGUCGUCGGGUCAGCCGCUGCCCAACGAGUGCGUCCGCGGGCUGGCCGAGCUCACCGGAAGUGCCACUACAUGUCCCACCGUGGCUGCCGCUAUCCUGUCCCUCCUGGCGCAACUUGCGUGUGAUGACGACAGCAAGAAGAUACUUGACUGCAACUUGGACCUAGUCGGCAUCCUGGCUUCACUGGUGUAUCGCUACAGCGCCACCCCGGCGGACCCUCUGGUACUACAGAGUUUGCAGCUGCUGCAGAAGCUGACCUACAACACUCGCGUCUUCCCGUCAUCGAGCCACGUUUACAAACUCAUCGACUUUCUCAUGGUCAACAUCCAGUCGCACAGCGAUGACAUCAUGCUGCCCUGCCUCGGCCUGAUGGCCAAUUUGUGUCGGAAUAACUACGCCGUUCAGAGUCACAUCAAGUCUCUGGACAACGUGAAGUCUUUUUAUCGGACCCUGAUCCACUUUCUGGCCCACAACAGUCUGACGGUAGUGGUCUUCACCUUGUCCGUCCUGGCCAGCCUCACUCUCAACGAGAAGGUCGGCGAGAAGCUCUUUGAUGCCAAAAAUAUCCAUCAGACCUUCCAGUUGGUCUUCAACAUCAUCGUGAACGGCGACGGCACGCUGACUCGAAAAUAUGCCGUCGAUCUCCUGGUCGAUCUAUUGCAGAACCCCAAAAUAGCUGAUUAUCUUACCCGGUACCAGCACUUCUCCGCUUGCGUGUCUCAGGUUUUAGGAUUACUGCAGUUGAAAGACGCCGACUCGGCAGCCAAGGUUCUGGAGCUGCUCCUCGCCAUGUGCGCCGUGUCGGGUCUGCGCCCGCAACUCUGCCGGGCUUUGUUCAAACCGGCGGCGGCGCCCAAGCUGAGAGCGAUCGGUCGGAGGCAGGCGGAACACAAGGCCGAACCCGGGCCGGCGUUGGCGCAGUGGCUCGGCUCUCCGGUCGGGGGCGCCGAAGCCUGCUCGCUCAAAGCGCUGCGGCUGCUCGACCAGCUGCUGGAGGAGGCGUUGGGCGCCGACGGCGAUCCCGACGACGCGCGGAGCUUUGUGGAAAUGUUACUGCCCGUUCUGCUGGACUUUGUAAAGGGUGCGGACAAUAACUUGAGACAACACUGCGAGCGUGUCACGCACGUCAACGACGUGCUCCUCGUCAUGUGCGGCGAAGCCACCACGCGGGCGCUGCUUUCGCACCAUGUCAGCGCUCAGCUGUGCCUAUCGCAGGUGGAGACGCUACUGGCCGGUUGUCACGGCGACAGCCCCGCCGCGGACGACGCCCUCAGUCAGGUGUGCGCUGAGGCCCUGCUGGGCACUUUGGAGCUGAUGAGCAAACUUCGCCAGCAGGUCAAAGACAUGGAGACCAGCUUCUACCGGGCGCUACAGGACCGGAGGAUAGCCACGCCCCUCGCCCUAGCCCUGACGUCGCACCACAGAAAGCGCGUGCGGACCGGUCUGGCUCUGCUCUUGGAGGCCACGCCUCUCCCGGACUUUCCGUCGUUAGUCUUGGCGGAAAGCAUGGCCGCCAACAACGCUUACCGGCAGAAGGAAGCCGAGCUGUCCGUCAAGCGCGUGGCCGUGCGGGACGUCCCUCCCCCUGGGUCGAACGCGUCGGCUUCGUCCAGCGGCGUCCACAGCCUGGCGGAGAAGCUCCACAAUGACUUAGAGGAGCGGGCCGAGGACGCGCACGUGUCAGACAUCAUCGACAUGUACGAGCAGAAGAUCGCCGCCCUCGCCUCCAAGGAGAGUCGCCUUCAGGACGUGCUGGAAGCCAAGGCCGUGGCGUUGUCUCAGGCCGACCGCCUCAUCGCGCAGUGUCACUUCCAGCAAGCGAGGGCCGAGGCCGAGGCCCGAAAGCUGGCCGGUCUGCUGAAGGAGGCGGAGCGGCGGCGCGAGGAGCUCCGGGCCGAGCUGGGCGCGCAGCUGGAGGAGGCGCGACGCUCCGAGGCCGACACGGAGGAGCUGCUGAGGCACAACGCCAGACUGCAGCUGGACUCGGAGGAGCACCAGGCUCUCAAAGCCGCCUACAACUCUUUGCUGGACAGGUUUAACGAGAGCGAGCGUCUGCUGAAAGAGCUUCAGACGGCUCACGCGGACCUCAGCAAACAAUACGAAACCCUGAAGAAGAACCAGCAAACUCUGCAGACGCAGCACGACAAGACCGUGUCGCUGUUGCGAGAAAAGGAAAAGGAGAUCACGUCGCUGCGUUCGGACGUGCGUCUGAAGGACCAAGAUGCAGCAGCUCUGCGCGGCGAACUGCGGGCGGCGGCGGACGAACGGCGGGAGCAGGAGCGGCAGAAGCGGGAGCUGGAAGACGCGCUGGACGCUCUGAAGAAGGAGCUGAACAAGACGGAGCAGGCCAGGAAGGACGCUAGCAUCAAGGUGUCGUCUCUAGAGCUGCAGAAGAGUCAGUUGGAGGCCAAGCUGAAGCAGCGCGAGGACCAGCUCGGCAAGCACUCGGCCAUGAUCGCCAUGAUCCACAGCCUGAGCGGCGGCAAGCAGAACGAAGUCAAUCUCUCGCUCUGA